AUGAUGGCCUCGGGCUCAUGUCUGCCUGAUAAUAACACGAACGGAGCAAUCAAUGUUCCAUCAAGUAUUCGACUCGAUUCAAUGCGUGGGCAAAAGAGAGGCCCAGAUAACAAUUUUGUUCAGUCGCCUCAUGAAGCGAAUGGGCAAACCAAUGGUAAUAGCAAUGAAGAACACCGACAGACGCCCAUCCAAAAUAGUAACGCAGGUCAGGAGUCCGAAGUCCAACCGACGAAAAGAAGGCGAAUUGCUGGCGGACCAGCAGACCCAAAAACGCAGACUACCGCCGCUUCCUCGUUCUCUGGAUCAGCACACAGCACACACAUUACGUCCCAUCCUUGGCAAGAACCCACCGUGAACACGGUCCAAUCAUCUAUCUUUUCAAAUGAUCGUGUAAAUCCGUCCCUGCAUAUUCAUAAUUCACCACCUACACCACCGAAUGCUUUACCAUAUGUCUAUCCUGUACCAUCUAUCGCAAUCCCUGUUAUACAUCCCUUUCCUACAUCACAGCCACUGCAACAUGAAUAUAUGUUUCCCGGGCCUACACCCGCAUAUAACCAGCCUGGCAGGCCUGCAACUGCACCUAAUAUUAUCAAUCCAACGCCAGUGCCUUUCUCUCCUUCAACCGCAAGGCGUGCAAACUCGAAGGCUUCUACUAGUAUUCCAUCAAGCUCUCAUGAAUCUACACUAGGCGAGCGCCGCGGGACACCACAGUCAAAUUCUGCACAACAACCCGCUGGUCCAUCUUCCAUCACUCAUUUCAAUCUGGAUGGGUCGCUCUCUGCAGAAUCUACAGAUCAACCUCAGCUAACCGCGUUUUCGAACAUAAUCAACAAUAGCGCAGACGCCAUUCUUGAUUUCCUCGACCGCGAACUCCAACUCGUGCAGACUAAACAUGAAGCUGACAUGUUAACUAUCAGAACCGAACACGAGAGGAGUUUGACUGCGGUCAAGGCUGAACACGAGCAGCAGGUUGAUCUCCUCCGCAGAGAAUUUGCGGAUAGCAUGCAAAAUGUUGUGGAAGCCCAUCAGAUCACGAUGGAUGAGAAAGAUAGGAGGCUGCGGGAGGCGGAAGAGAGGAUCAAGGAAAACGCCGCGACCGCGGAACGCCUGAAGUCUGAGCUAGAGGACACCAAACUCACUUUAGUCAAAGCACGCGACCAUGCAAACAUGGCUUUGGAGGAUCUUCGGUUGCGCAAAGACGAAUUGCAACGGUCGGCCGAAGCUCAUUUCCAACUCGAACGUGUUGCAUGGGAGGAGGAGAGGAAGAAAAGUGAGCAAAGGAAGGUUGCGCUUUCCCAAGAAGUUGCGCUUUGGUCGUCGCGACAUCGGGAGCUUCUGCAGAAGUCGGAGGAGCACACCAAAUUGCUGUCGGGUGCGGAGAAGGCAAGAGAUGAACUCGAACAGGAGGCGGCGUUGUUAAAACAGUUGACCGUCAGCCUUGAGGCCGAAAAAUGGGAGCUUCAAAAUAGAUUGGACACUCAAUCGCGUGAAUUUGAGGAAGAGCGAAAGGUGCGGGUGGAGCAUGAAUUGGCGAGAAAGGCGCUUGAGGAAGAGAGUGGGGCUCUGAGCCAGCGCAUUGCCAAGCUUGAGGCAGAGGCAUUGGAAUCGGAGAAGGCGAAAACUGGCUUGGAGGAGUGGGUUGGAAAAAUGAAGAUGGCGCUGCAGCAGCAAGCGGAGGAUGAUAAGAAGAGGAUGUCGUCUAUCACUCUGGCGUGGCAAUCACGAAUGGAACGGGCGUUAAGAGAGGCGAAAGAGAAGGGAGACGAAGAGGGCUACAAGCGGGGCGAGAAGGUUGGGCAUCAGCAGGGAGAAAAGGAUGGAUUCGAGAAAGGUGAAAAGGCUGGAUUCGAGAGAGGUGAAAAGGCUGGAUUCGAGAAAGGAGAAACAGAGGCGUAUAAAAGAGGUGAUGCAAAUGGGUUUGAACGAGGAAAAUUUGAUUCACUCAACCGUAUCACUGCUGCGACUACUGCUCUGAGUGACGCAGAGAAAAAAUACGCUCUGGAGAAGGAAGAUUGGGCUCAAGAAAAGAAGCAGUUGGAAGAUAUUUUGACGGCACUGCGAGACAAACACGAUAAAGAAGUCGAGAAAAUGAAGGAAGAUAUGGUCAAGGCAAAACAACGACUCGACCAGCAUUGGGCCAAGGAGAUCGAGAUACGCUGGGAAGCACUAUUGGUAGAAGAAGCAAAGAAAAUGGAGGCAGAGUUAGCACGACGGGCUCAACUGGAUGCUGAAAGAGAUGCACAGAAGGAGAACCUUGAAGCAGAGGUCGAGAAGCUGGGGAAAAGGCUGCUAGAUUUUGACCAGAAAGCCAUUGAUUGGGCUAGAGCAGAGGCGGCGGCAGAGGCAGAGAUCAACGUUUUGCAGAAAAAGAUCGAAAAAUUGGAACUGCAAAUAAAGGCUCGAAAACUGGCGACUGAGGAAGAUAUACUUCUAGGACAAGAUGCCACUGCUCGCUCUUAUUCAAGAUCAGAAGCCAAACAUGUGCUGGAGCAGCUUGUUUAUGGAGGGCAAGGCUCUACUUCAACCGAUGCACCGACCGAUGCGCCGACCGACCGACCUUGUCACCUGCAGUAA